AUGUCCCUUCCUUAUAAUAGUAGUGGUCCAUCUUCGGUUUCUUCUUUACCAACCAGCCUUUCACCCCAAAAACGACCAGGAGUCUUACUUAUCAAACACAUACGCUGUGGUUUACUUGAGAGAGGUGAAAGACAAAGCAAAUUCCCAUUUAUUGGUAAUAAAGCUAGAGCAAUUAAUUUGGAAGUAAUCGCUAAUGGUUCUACAAAAACAACGACAGAAUCAAAAAUUGACGAACGAGGUAAAGCUCUUUGGAACGAGCACCUCACUUACGAAUUACAUCCUCCAAUUAAGGAUGACCUGCGAGUCAGAGUGUUUGAUAUGAAACGUAGAGGGAACGAAGCCCUUAUUGGUGAAGCUAAAGCAGAUUUGCGGCUAUACAAAGAGCACGAAAACAGAGUAAUAAUGGACGUCAUGAAGCAUGAAACCUCGGUUGGACAGAUUGUUUUCGACAUGUAUUUUCUUUCUGGGUCACCUCCGCAUAAUGCUGAUGAAGAAUUAAGUGAUGAAACUCGUGAAGGCGACAAGAUUGGCAUGUUAUUAUUGGACAAGAUAUCGUGCAGAGGGUUACGAAAAACCGGGCAUCUCGAAUUCGUAUUGAAUAAGCCGAAAAUACAUUCAACGCUCCGGUACUGGAAAGCUUCGAAUACUAGCUGUAAAUAUGCCAUAUCGAUGGACCUCCAAGCAAAAGACAAGAAGAAACUUGUAUUGCUUGUUCAAUGCCGAUAUGGUUCACAGACGAAUGAAUUCGCUAAGACAAGAUUUGAAAUCGGAUCUGAAACAAAUUGGAAGAAAUUGAUGCAAGGAGGACCAAUAGAAACAGGCGAAUUAACAUUUACAGAAGGUGGUCUGGACGCCGGUUACAUCAGGUUCUCGCUAUCCUUCCAUGAAUUCAGCACUUUUCAACAAAUCAUCGAAGAAGAUGUAUCGCAAGAUGACUAUGACACUGUUUUGAAUUCAAGACCGCAACCUCAAAACCGUAUGUCAGGAGUAUCAUCAUCUUCCUCAGCCUCAGGAGCGACGAAUAAUCUUGACAAUGUACACCAAUUUACACUGGCAGAGACUUCAUUACCAAAAAGGCCAAAUCAAAUGCUAAAUCAAACGGUACCCGAAAAAGAAAAAACAGAAGACAUUGAAGGAGGCGAAAGUUCAGUUGGUCCACAGCAAUUGCCAAAUCAACCUCGUAGACCGAGCACUAUUCAUCCAUCACCUUCGAGUCCCAUGUCGCAUUUUAGUGAUGACGAGCCUCCUAUGAGAAAUCCAUUGUCACGCGCAGGAAGUAGGCGGAUGACUCAUACAUCUACCAGCGAAGAUUUUCGCCAAAGCCCGCCUAUACCAGAACGACAAGAAUUGAAGAUAGUAUGCAAUAAGUACGUAAUAAUACAUUCGAUUGGCGAUGACGAGGAUUCCCACUUAAACGAGAAUUCGAGUCGAUACAGGAACGUCCUUUAUAAAGGACAACAUAUAAUAACCGCUAAUCCAGUUAUCAUCAAAGUUUUCUCCCGCAGAAAUUUAUGGGACACUGAAACCAAGUUUCUCCGGUUACUGAAAAGCAAGUCCGUAGUCAAAUGGGAAGACAUGGAGCAAAGUAACCUCAUGGGCGGAUUUGUGUCAGUUACCAGUUAUGCGGGAGAAACUUUGGAUGUUCAUCACUUCAGAUUCAGAGACGCAAUCUCGAUCAAACACAUUCUAUCAUCUAUUUCUAAUGCCCUUAAAUAUUGUCAUGAAAAAGAAAUUGCGCAUCUUGACCUAAAGCCCGGAAACAUCAUUUGCAAACACACAGACAUAUACAAGGUACGUCUGUGUGACUUUGAAAGUGCGAAAAAAUUUGGUGAUUACCUUCUAUCGGAUGAAGGUGAUGAUAGAGUUAGUCCCUUAUGCUCACGUGGGUACACUGCACCGGAGGUGCUGCACACAGAGCUCACAGAUUUAAGAGUUAGUCAUGCACAAGACAUUUUUAGUUUGGGCGCCAUCAUUUAUUUCCUCCACACAAAGAAUACCAUCUAUGAUGAUUUUAACGAUCUGAAAAACCUGACAACUUUUGAGCAUUUACGUGGUGAUUUUUCUGAUGAACAGGCGCGUAAGCUCACAUUGAAAAUGUUGGACUGGAAUCCAGCUGAGCGUCCGACAAUUCAAAAAGUAUUAGAUUCAACGUAUUUUAGGGCAGGAACGAAUACUGAACAGUAUAGUGACGAGAUUAGGAAUAGGGAGAUUAGGAAUAACGAGGUUAAGUUACCAACACCUACGGAUACUAUAUUUUAA